UCAUUGAAUGUUGCAAUUGUUAGACUUUAGACCUUGACCUUUGUUUGGUUGCCCAGAAAACUGAAUAGUAUAAAAGGGAAACAUUGAAUUUCUUGGUAAUUUGUACGAGAAAUAGGACCGUUUUAUUGACUCAGCCAAAAGAAAUGCACUUUGCUGAUGCCAGUUCCUGUUUCAGUUUCCAAGCAAAAACUAUAGUCAUAGCAGUAUUUUUCUCUUCUUUUCAUCUCAUUUCUCAAUAAUCAAACUUGCUUGAUUUCCAUAAAGUCAAAGCUUUUUCUGCAUAUGUGUUAUGAAAGUGAGCAAUUUCCCUUUUCUGAACAAGCAGAAAUUACCCAACAUAUUGUCUGUUUCCACUUCCACUGGUUGGGCCCGAGAUACUUGGUGCAACUGGCAAAAGAUCUUUGAGUGAGAAAAUGGCUGUGGCUUUUACCCAGCUUUCAUGGUGGUUGUGGAGUGGAAAGCAGAAAGAGCCUAGAAUCUCCAAUGCAUCCUCUUUAAGUUCUUCACCCGACCCUGGCAUGUGGGAAUCUGAUGGUUUAAAGUUUCCUUCGGUUAAGGGGGCCAGUAUGGCCUCAUCAUCAUCAAGAAGGGUGAAACGCAAAUGGCAUAGUCGGGAAGAACGGAAAAUUGAUAGGGAAUAUGAUCUUGUUCUAGUUCCAUCUGAGGGAGGAUGUUUUUCUGGUUCUGAGUCUGAUGACUCAGAUUGGUCAGUUGGAUGGUUGGAGCCUCAUGGACCUGAGUUUCGGAGUGAUGAUGAUACAGACGAUAGUUUUGCUGUGCUGGUUCCAUGCUAUGGGCGUGUUAUUCAUGAUAUGGUGAAGGAUCCAAAGAGCAAUAUCUUGAGCACUGUUGGGAACAUCCCAGAUGGUUAUUCCGAUGAAAGCAAGAAAUAUAUGGAAGAGUGGCUCUCUUCUCUCAGGAACAGCUGAAGGCAGAUUGAAAUGGAUACUUAUUAGUAGAAGAGGACUGGCUAAUGUUGGUCCAAGCUAAUAUAACUUUGAGUAGUAGACAUGGAGAUUUAUGAAGGAUUACUAUUGCUAGAAGGUGGUCUGCUUUCUUGCUGGAUUUGCCUUGGCCUUGGCCAGCAAGGAGUUGGCUGCUUCAAAAUUUAGGGUGGUACCGUGUGACACAAG